UAUUCUCAAUCAGCUGAUGCUGUCAUAUGACCACUCCGGCAUGGCCACCAUAGAUUAAUAAUUCGGAAGCAAAACCUAAGAGCAGAACUGGCGAGAAACAGGCAAGCGGAGCAGUUUAAUGAGGUUUUGACACUCGGAAGCGCACUGGAGGGAACUAUGUAGUAUGUUGGUCGUUGGUUCCACCUCUGUGCUCUGUAGUCAAGGGGUCGCACCCUCCGCAGCAUCCAGUGACCGGGGGUGGUGAGGUCUGAGUCAUGCAUCCAUUCGGUCGCGAGGAAGAGAGCUCUCUGCAGCAGCUCUUCGGUUUCUUCACACAAUGCGCGCGGCGCGGGGAGUGGGAGUUGGCUCGCGCCUGUGUGCCUCAGCUGAGGGAGGCCGCGGGCGGGACCUCAGAGCGUCUACAAGACAUACUGAGGGCCCUGGUCACCUGUCCAUACCCGCUCAGGUGGGAAACAGUGGGCAGCCCUCACAGACUGGCCUGGUUCUGGCUGCAGGUCUUGGAAAGAUGGUCUGAGGAGCAGGUUGCUGUAUCGGUCCGCAGAGAGCUGGAGUUCCUGCUGGUUCUGGAGGAGCUUGGUGAUGAGGUCCCAGAAACAGUGCUCCAGGAGCUGCACCGGGCUUUCCUGGACUCCGAAUCGGAGGGGAGGGGGUCGCCGGGGGCAACGGCGGGGCUCAGCGCCGCGGCGGAGUCCUGUCUCCGGGCCACGCUGGAGGCGGGGCGGCCGCGACUCGCCCAGGCCCUCGCCGGCUUCCUGCAGGGCCGCGGGGGCGCCGCCGGCGACCCGGAGAGGGGCCCCGCCCUGCAGGGCGCCCUCACCGAAUUCCUGCUGGAGCGGGUGGCCCGGCUGGGGCCGGGGCCGGAGCACGACGAGGGGGCGGAGCAGCUGUGCUGCGCGCUGGCCGUGACGCCCUGGGACCCCGAGCGCACGGGGGGGUGGAGCCUGGCCCUGUGCGAGGCCCUGUGGAGCGCUGGGGGGCGUGGCCUGCGGGAGGAGAGGGUGCUGAGCUCCUUGCUCCGCCCCGGGGACCACGCCCUCCUCGGCCUCUACUGCUCCACUGCCCUGCGGCUACAGAGGGACCAGCUGCUGAGGGACACCUCCUCCACACAGGUGGACAUACCUGAGGCCGAGAGGCUGAUGCUGGGGCUGUGUUGUCAUGGUGACCGCGAAUCAGCGUGGAAAGCCAUCUAUUUUGAAAGUCUGAGCAGUGGCAAGCACUUCUUGGAGCUGGUUCUGGUGACGGCUCUGGACCUGGUGAGGAAAGAGGAGUUUGGCAGGUUGGAGUGUCUGCUGAGGGGGGAGUUUCGCCCCCUGUCCCGCCUCCUGCUGCUGCUGGGCUGGACUCAGUGUCAGAGCAUGAGCUCGGCCCAAACACUGCUGCACACCCUGCACCACAGCCAGGCUCUGGCCAAUGACGCAGUCCUGAAGGAGUUUGCUGAUGGCGUGUCUUCCCAGCUUGGAGUGCUGGAGUGGUGUGCCAAGAACAACCCGGGGAUCCUGAAUGAGGCCCUGUUGGGGCAGCUGCACACUCUGGACAGUCACUCUGCUCUCUACAUCCUGCACUGCCUCACCCCCCUGGCUCAGCUGGACGAGCAGCAGGUCCUGGGCCUGCUGCAGGGGCUGCCCCACCCCCCCGGAUCCGGGGAUCCUGACCUUGUGGACGAGCCCAACCUGUCCGUUGGGAGGAACGUGGUCCUCUUCCAGGGGCUUUGUGCCAUGAAGUACGCCCUGUACGCCCUGUGCGUCAACGCCCACAAGUACUCGGGCUGCAGGGACUGCGGGCUCGCCGAAGAGCCCCACCAGGCCGAGGCCGGGGUGCCGAGAGACUCUGACUCCACCCUCUCACAGGAGUGCCCCCCGCUGUUCCAGCAGUACCUGUCCGAGUGCCAGCUCUACCUGGAGGCGGUGCCUGCCGUGUUCCGGCUGGAGCUCCUGGAGAACAUCUUCUCCUUGCUCUUCCUGUCGAGCGCCGACUUCCUCCAUCAGGGGGGCGAGGGCUCGCCCCCGCAGGGGCGCGUGGAACAGAGCGACGUCACCGCGAACGGAGAGGGGGAGGAGCCGGACGGAGGGCGAACGCGGCCGCAGCAGCAGCCCGGCUCUCGAACCCGGAGCCACCUGGACCUGGCCCACUUCCUGCGGGGCUGCAGGGGCUUCCUGGUGGACGCGGCGGCCAUGGAGGGCCUGCUGAGGCUGCUGCGGGAGAGCCUGGAGGGCGUGUGCGUGGUGGGCCGGCGGGCGGGGCAGGAGGGGGGCAGCGCCCUGCCCGGGGAGGCCGAGGUGGCGGAGGGCCUGGGCUGCUCGGUGACGGCGGAGGCGUUCGCCGCCCGGCUGCAGCGGCUGUCCAACCGCACCGCCGAGGCGCAGUGGAGGCUGCAGAUCAUCGCCAGUAACCAUGGCAGCGGCCGCGAUUUGAAGCCCCAGCCCUCCCCAGCGCCCAGUCCCACCCUGUCCCUGAGGCGCAGCGGCAGCGCCGGGGCCAGGAGGAGGAGGAGGAGGGCGCCGAAACACCGGCUGGAGCGCCGCGUCUCCGCGGAGAAGCAGAACGGGGAGGUCAGCACCAGCACCUCAGAUGGAGGGGGCGGAGCCGGGGGCGGGCAGGCGGAGCGGGAGGCGUGUCCCUGCGGCGGUCCCCACAGCUGGUUGGUCCCCGCCAUGCUGUCCCCGCCGGAGUCCCUCCUCAUGUCCUGCAUCCGCCGGGGGAACUUUGUGGAGGCGCACCAGGUGUCUCUGAUGUUCGGGCUGGAGGGCUCGGCGUGCUGCGGGGAGCUGGUGUUCAUGGAGCGGUACCGGGAGGUCCUGCUGGAGCUGGCCGCCGUGGAGCACAAGAUCGAGAGCCAGUCGUCCGCGGAAGCGACGGUGGGCGCGACGGGACCCGGGCGGGGCCGGCUCAGCAGCAACGGCCGCGCCUCCACCCUGCAGGCCAUCGAGAGCGCCGCCGCCGCGGGCAUGGCCUUCUACUCCAUUUCGGACGUGGCCGACCGGCUGCUCAGCACCCCGGGGCACCCCGUGCCCUCGCUGGAGGAGGGGUACUGGCUGAGCCAGGGCUUCCAGGACCCCGCGAGCUCCCUGCGGCCCCUGCUGGAGGAGAUGAGCCCCCCCGGCAUGGCGACCUUUGACCUGGCGUGCUGUCACUGCCAGCUGUGGAAGACGUCCCGCCAGCUGCUGGAGACCGCCGAGCGCCGCCUCCUCAGCUCCUGGGAGGGGCGAGGGCUGAGAAUGGACUCCAAGGUUCGUCACUGCGAGGGAAUCAGGGGGUUCCCUGCUGUGCUGCAGGGGAUCAGCAAGAUCCUCAAUCACACGAGCAGUGGCAAGGGAUCGGCCAAGUCGGAGGCUGUGAGUGAGGAGCAGGCUGGCUCGAGCCCGUUUGGCUGCAGUGUGCAGGAGGUGCUGCUUUGCUGCCACGCCGCGCUGACCGAGGAGGGCAUCAGCGCCCGCCUGAGCCUGGCGCAGCGCCUGGAGCUCACGCUGCACACGCUGGGCACCGCCACGGACGCCUCAGCGGACGCUCGGGCUGGUGGUGGGCUCCUCUCCGCCCUGCUGGAGCAGGCCAGCCUGAGGCCCUCUGAGCUGGACUCGCACCCCGUCCGCUCCCACAUGAAGCACCUGCUGCGCUCCCUGGACCACCUGUGCCCCUUCGAGCCCGACGGCGCCCCCUGCAGGCCCGACUACGUGCGCAGCUUCCUGGACUACGUGAACACGCUGGCCUCCGUGCUGGUGCGCAGCGUGGCCACGGAGGACCAGGCCGGUGAGGUUAAACUGGGGAACCCCCUCCUGGUGCUCCUGCAGUCCCCUUCGCAGCUCCUGUCCCACCUGCUGUUUGAUCGACAGGUGUCCCCUGACAGGGUGUCGUCUCUGCUGCAGCAGGAGAGUUUGGGUCUGAGCGUGCAGCAGGUGAUCGUGCAGCGCUGCUGUGAGCUCCUGCCGGUGUGGGACACGCACGUUACGGGCGGGCGGGAGGGCGAGGGGCGGGCCGAGAGACGGGGCGAGGGGCGGGGCGAGGGGCGGGCGGGCGCCGGCGUGUUUGGGUUGUGUGGCCUCACAGCCCUGCUCCAGCAGCACGCCCAGGAGCACGUCCCCCUGCUGGGGCUCUCCGACCCCGCCCCCGAAUCCAACUCCGAUUCGGAGGCCUCUCCGGAAGAGUCCGCCACCGCGCCCCCAACGCCCACCUCCCCGUCAUCUCCUCUACCCUCCUCCUCUUCCUCCUCAUCCUCUUCCUCCUCCUCCUCCUCCUCCUCCUCUUUCUCCUUCCUCCUCACGCCCUCCGCGCUCUCCUUCCUCAAGUCGCGCUCCCCUCUCCUGGCCGCCCUCGCCUGCCUCAGCGCCUGUCGGGGCGGGGUCGCCCGGCCGACGUCCGGCUGGUCGGGGCUCCCCUCCUACUUCCGGGGGGUCCGGAAGGAGGCGGCGCUGGACGGCGAGCAGGUGGCCCGGGAGGGCGAGGCCUUGCUCCGGGACUUCCCCGUCCUGCUGGCCUACCUGCAGGCCAUGGCCGAGCCCGUGCUGGGCGCCCCCGGGGCCCCCGAGGACGGAGGGGCGGGGCUGGGGGCGGGGCUGGGCGUGGCCCUGUGCGGGAAGCCCCUGCUGGGCCUGCUGCUUUCGGGGCUGUACCGGCCCUCCACCCGGGCGCUGGUGGCCGACGCCUUCCAGCAGGCGCUGGCCUCCCAGGACCUGGACCGGGCGCUGGGCCUGCUGGAGCUGUACGGGCAGAACUGCAGCCAGGAGGGGGCGCUGCGGGACCGGCUGCUGGCCUGCGCUGCCCUGGAAGAGGGGGAGGGCAGCAUGGAGCAGCUGUUUCGGGUGCGGGACGCUGACCUGCGGGCGCGUGUGGCCCUGCGGGGCCUGGAGCGCUGGCCCCUGGGGGCCGCCCUGGAGCUGCUGCAGUUCUGCCUGAGCGACCCCAGCACGGAGGGGGCCCUGAGGGCCGAGCUGGAGCUCAGGAGGCAGGAGCUGGAGAUCUACAACCGGAUGCUGAACAUGAACAUACCGUUGCCCUGGACGACGUGGCAGGAGCUGAGGGCGGAUUCUAGGAGUGACAGCGAGACUGUGUUCUCCAUGAUGUUGGAAGCCAGUGAGUUUGAGCUGUGCGCGCAGUGGGAGCAGCUGUACCCGGUGUCUGCGCAGCUGAGGCUGCAGCUGCAGACCGAACACCUGCUUCACCUGCUGGAGAAGGGGCAGAGCGAGGAGGCCUUUCAGUUACUGGAGAACGUUCCGGACUCCGCCGUGGGCCUGGAGGUGUGCGAGCGCGCCCUCGACCGCCGCCCCGGCCUGGCGGCGUGUCACUUCCUGUCCGACUACCUGACCCUGCACUUCCAGAGCCGCGUGUCGCCGGCCCGGCGACGGCACAUCCACGCCCUGCACCUGGGCUCCAAGGUGCUGCUGACGUUGCCCACGGCGGCCCAGCAGGAUUAUUUCCCGCUGCUCUCGAACCCGCUGCUCAUGCUGGAGCAGCUGCUGAUGAACCUGAAGGUGGACUGGGCGGGCGUGGCCGUGCACACCCUGCGCAGCCUGCUGAUUGGCCAGGAGGCCAGCUUCAGCUGCGACGACAUCGACGCCCUGCUGUCCGGCUACGCCCGCAAGGCCCUGGACGUCCCCUAUGCCCCCCGGGAGAGAACCCGCUCCGACUCUGUCAUCAGCCUUCAGGACGCCCUGCUGCAGUGUCCCGCUCAGGAGAGCUGCCCCCCCUCCCCUCGAGUGGAAACGCCCCCCCUUCCUGCUUCGGCCGGCAGCACCCCCCAGCAUGCCCCGCCCGCUGCCUCGGGUUUGGCCGGCCGCAGGACCAGGUCUCCCGCCCAGUACAUCCCCCCCGAAAAACCCCCCCACCGCAAGGACUGGAUCCCCGACCACCAGCAGCCCGUUUGCAUGGUGUGCCUGCGGGAGAGGUUCACCAUGUUCAACAGGCGGCACCACUGCCGUCGCUGUGGGCGUCUCGUGUGCAAUGCCUGUUCUGAACACCGGAUGGCAGUAGAGGGGUGUGCUGAAGAGGCAGCACGCGUGUGUGACCAGUGCUACAGCUUCUUCCACCUAGAUGCUGAGGGGGAUGUGGAUCAGGCUGAAGUCGCUGGCAGCCCUGCGGUGGCUGAGGGGGCUUUUGGGGGGGUCCUGUGUCUGCCGGAGGUGGCCCAGCACCAGUACAAGCUCAGCUUGGACCCGGCCGAAAACCAGCAGCUGCUGUCCGAGUUCUACUACGAGCAGGCCCCGAGCGCGUCCCUCUGCAUCGCCAUCCUGUCGCUGCACAGCGACCACAGCGCGUGCGGGCGCCAGCUCAUCGCCCACUGCCGCGCGCUCUCCCGCGGCCUCACCAACCCCGAGGUGGACGCCCGGCUGCUCACCGACCUCAUGCGCCAGCUCCUCUUCAGCGCCAAGCUCAUGUUCGUCAAGGUGGGCCGCAACCAGGACCUGGCGCUGUGCGACAGCUACAUCAGCAAGGUGGACGUGCUGAAGAUCCUGGUGACGGCCAACUACAAGUACAUCCCCUCCCUGGACGACAUUCUGGAGCAGGCAGCGGUGACACGUCUGCGAAACCAGCUGCUGGAGGCGGAGUACUACCAGCUGGCCGUGGAGGUGUCCACUAAGAGCGGCCUGGACCCCGGAGGGGUGUGGCAGGCCUGGGGCAUGGCCUCCCUGAAGGCUGGGAACCUCAGUGUCGCACGCGAGAAGUUUUCCCGCUGCCUGAAGGCCCCUGUCGACCGGAACCAGCUGAGCCAGGGGCCCAGGCUGCUCCAGGAGAUCAUCCAGUACCUGGAGUCCACGGUCCGGCCCACACUGUCGCCGAACUGUGAGGAGGACGUCCUGGCCUCCCUGAGGGAGCUGGAGGAGGCCCUCUCGGACCCGGGCCCGACCGAGCGGCCCGAGGGGCGGGUCCAGCACAGCGCCCUCUACCAGGAGUGCCUGUACUACCUGCAGAACUACGGCACCCACCUGGGCCUGGUCAGCUUCUACAUGCGGCACGACAGCAUGAAGGAGGCUCUGUGCCACGUGCUCAGCAAGGAGUGUCCGGACGAGGUGUUCCUGGAGGGGGUGCUGCAGCCCAGCCUGGAGCGGGGCCGCCUGUGGGCCCUGCAGGGCCUGCUGGAGAGCCUGGACCCGGGGCUGGAGGGGUGCGGCCGCUACCUGAUGGCGUCGUGCCAGCAGCUGCAGCGACGCGGGCACUUCCGAACGCUGUACCAGCUGCAGCAGUUCAUGAUGGACCACGUGCGGGCGGCCAUGACGUGCAUCCGCUUCUUCGCGCACGGCGCCCAGUCCUACCUGCAGCUGGGGGAGCAGCAGCGCUGGCUGGCCCGGGCCAAGGAGCACCUGAGGACCUACCUGCAGGAGCAGCAGGGCCGGGGCGGCGGGCGCAAGCGCUCCCCCAGCUCCUUCCGCAAGAAGAUGUCCUCCAGCGACGUGUCCAGGCACAUCAACACCAUCGAGCUGCAGCUGGAGGUCACGCGCUUCCUGCAGCGAUGCGAAAGCUCCGCCUCCUCCCGUGGCUCCGCCUCCGCCGCCGCCGCGCUGCCGUCAGGCGGGACCCCCCCGCCCCCGACCCUGUUCGGGGGCAGCGGCGUGAAGAUCGACGUGGCCUGCAAGGUCAUGCUCGGGGGCAAGAAUAUCGAAGAGGGAUUUGGCAUAGCCUACAGAGUCAUACAGGACUUCCAGCUGGAGGCACUGUCGGUGUACACGCGUGUGGGGCAGCGGCUGGUGCGGCAGCGGCAGUUCGGCGGGGUGCGCCAGCUGCUGAAGUGCGUGGGCGAGUCGGGCACCGCCACCAAGAGCGACUGCGACAGCAUCGUGCUCAGCUGCGUCGCCGUCGCCGACAAGGGCCCCGCCGACGCCAAAGAGCUGGAGGGUCUGAUUCUGGAAUCGAAAAGCACAGACAAUAAGAUUAAGGCCUACCUGCUGUGCAGCAAGCUGCGUGCGGCCUACCUGCUGGCGGUGAAGCUGGAGCCGAGCGGGGCGGGGCCGCUGGUGCAGGAGAUCCUGCAGGCCGCCGAGGGCACGGGGGACUCCGUCAUGCAGGACAUCUGCCGCCAGUGGCUGUCCGAGCACCAGGACCGGGCGCCACGGCAACGGCAGGGGCGCGGCAGCGCCAGAUGACGCAGAGGUGGAAGGAGGGGGGGGGUGGGGGGUGUGAGUGUGGACAAUGGGACCCCCCCCCUGUGCUGCCAUGGAUUGUCAUGACUGGGUGGGUCAUGGGGGGGGGAUCAGUGUGUGUUCGUCUCCAUGACAACACUGCUACUCACCUGUACGACAAUGGGGGGGGGGGAGGCCCUUCCCGCUGGGACUGAAUCACCACCGUGCCAUCGCUGCCACCUGUGCAAACGCCCUACAGGUGCCGAACACUGUGCCACCUCUCAGGACUGGACGGGUAGUCCAGCGAGCUGUCCAGUGCUUCCUGUCGUUUCUCUGACAGAUCUAGAAGGGCGGUAAUUGUCAGACAGUCUCUUUGUUUGUUACGUUUUUUUGUCUGUUUUUUUUCUCCUUCCCCACCCUUUCCCAACUCCUUCUCCUACCUCAAUGAAAAAGGGAUUCUUACAUGGCCACUUUCACCCCUUUGGAAAGCGAGUCUCAGCUGCAGUAUGUUAUUGCGUGGAAUAGCUUCGACAUAGAUUUUUUCUGUCACCUCGCGUCACCUAAGCACUAGUCUGUUUUACUUCUGUGAGAAGCGCUCCCAGGACUAAAAACAUUACUGUUUUCAACACAGAGAUUUUGACUGAAACUGGGUCAUUGGGCGAAGGUGGUCGAAAAACCGCAUCUGCUACAUUGAAAGGGGUUUUGGGGGUUUUGACUUGGAGAUGUGUAAUAUUGCAUUAGCCAUUCGUGUUUUAUCUGUUAGUCUGCCUGCCAGUGUUCAUUUCCUGACAUCCUAGCCUUAUCAUCCUCACUGAUUGCUCUCUGAAAGGGAAGCUGGUCGCUAGUCCGGCUAGCGCCGUGGCAUUGGUGUGCUGUGAGGGCAAAGGUGCUGAGGAGGGUAAUGAAGUUUAGCCAUAUGACAUGGAUGUAAUAAGGGACACCUGCCCAUAUUGUAAGCUGAGGGUGAUUUUUU